AUGGAUAAUCAGCAGUUCCAGCAACUUUUGGAUCAUCAAACCAGAAUGUUUGAAGAGCUUUUCCGUGGAAUAACAGCGACAGUGAAUCAACAAUCAAUAGCCGCUACCGUAUCGGCUAGUCGCCAGCCAUGCACUGCAAGCGUUUCGGUACCUCAGCCAUCGCCGCUUGCAUUAGAAGGAGAUAUGGAAGCCAAUUUCGAAUUUUUUGAAAAGAGUUGGAGAGACUACGAAAAAGCCAUUGAAAUGGACCGGUGGUCAGCUACAGAUGAUCCUCAAAAGGUUAGUUUUCUCCUGGCGGUGAUCGGAGAGCCAGCAAGAAAAAAAUAUUUUAAUUUUGAGCUCACCACGAACGAACAAGCCAACCUUGAAGCAGCCUUGCUUGCUAUCAAACAGAAGGUUGUAGCUAAGCGAAACAUAAUCAUAGAUCGACUAGAUUUCUUCUCGGCUGCACAGCUUUCAAGAGAGACUAUUGAUGAUUUUGUUUCACGUCUCAAGACUUUAGCUAAAAUAGCUAAAUUGGGUGCAUUAGAAACCGAACUAAUAACGUUCAAACUAGUCACUGCAAAUAAAUGGCUCCAUCUUCGCACUAAGAUGCUCACAAUAUAUGAUAUUGACUCCUCGAAAGCAGUUGACAUGUGUAGAGCAGAAAAGAUAGCAGCCAAUCGAUCUUUAGAGCUAGGAAUGCCGAAUGCUGAUGCGGAGGUUAAAAAGAUACAGAAGGCCAAAACAAAGUUACCUCGCUGUAAGUUUUGUGGUGAUCAACAUGAGUUUGCAAAAGGUGUCUGCCCAGCGUUUGGAAAACGUUGUCAUCGGUGCAAUGGUAAAAACCAUUUCGAAAAGGUAUGUAAAAUAAAUAAAAAGUCUCGCAAACAGAAGCCACGACGAGUUAAAAAAAUCAACGAGAAAACAAGCGAGUCAGAGGAAGAUUCUUCCGUUGGUGAUGAAUCGGAGGAGGAUUCAGAUCACGAAUACGAAAUCGGAAAAAUUUUCGAUAGUACAUCCAAAGGAGGAGGUGUAUCAGCUCAGUUAGACCUCAAAUUUGCUGGUGCUUGGCAAUCAGUAGUAUGCGAACUCGACACAGGACCGAACACGAGCCUGAUUGGUCAUGCUUGCUUGUCGAAACUUAUUGGGAACGAAAAUCCACCACUAUUGCCUUCCGAGUUCCGUCUACAAAGCUUCGGGGGAAAUCCCAUCAAAGUUUUGGGACAAGUUAAGAUUCCAUGUCGUCGGAUGGGAAAAGAAUAUAGUUUGGUGCUACAAGUAGUCGACGUAGAUCAUCGUCCCUUACUAUCUGCAAAAGUGUGUCGUGUGCUAGGCUUAGUUAAAUUCUGCAAAGCAGUUUCUCUGAGCGAACCUAAAUCGUCAACAUCAUAUAGCAAUUUACUCAACGUUUAUCGCAUCGAAGCUCAACAAAUUGUCGAAGCACACAAAGGACUCUUUGUCGGAUAUGGAAAACUAGCUGGAAAGGUAUCACUAGAAUGCGAUAAAAGCAUUUCUCCACUAAUUCAACAGCCACGUCGAGUACCUAUCGCUUUGCGAGGUAAGUUAAAACAAGAAUUGUUUUCUCUCGAAAAAGAUGGAAUAAUUGUAAAAGAACCACAACAUACCGAUUGGGUUAGCAAUUUGGUUUUGGUUCAGCGUGGAAACGCGCAAUCAAAAGGCAUCCGAAUUUGCCUAGACCCCGUUCCUCUCAACAAGGCAAUCAAGAGACCCCAUUUGCAGUUCAUAACUCUUGACGAAAUUCUCCCAGAGCUAGGUAAAGCAAAAGUGUUUUCGACAGUGGACACAAAAAAAGGAUUUUGGCAUGUCGUUCUGGAUGAACCUAGCAGCAAGCUAACGACAUUUUGGACUCCCUAUGGACGGUAUAGAUGGACACGGCUUCCAUUUGGCAUUUCUUCCGCUCCUGAGAUUUUCCAAAUGAAGUUGCUGGAAGUAAUCCAAGGACUUGACGGAGUAGAGUGUAUCGCAGACGACCUGCUCGUGUAUGGGAAAGGGAACACGUAUUUAGAAGCAUUGAUCGAUCACAACAAAAACUUGAGAAACCUUAUGUCCAGACUUGAGCAACGUAAUGUUAGACUAAACCAUUCGAAACUAAAAUUAUGCCAGACUUCAGUACCUUUUUACGGACACGUGCUUACCGACCAAGGUUUAAAGCCUGAUGAAAGCAAGAUCUCAACUAUUCGAAACUUUCCUACUCCUUUAAAUCGAAAAGAAGUUCAUCGCUUUAUCGGUAUGAUAAAUUAUUUGAGCCGUUUUAUCCCGAAUCUUAGCAUGCAUAUUACAAACAUGCGGAAACUGAUAUCUAAUUCCGUUAGCUGGCAAUGGACUGCAGUUGAGGAAGGAGAAUUUAAAAGCGUGAAAGAGUUGGUAUCGGAUAUUGGAAUACUACGCUACUACAACAUGAACCUGCCGAUAACCAUCGAAUGUGACGCGAGUUGCUUCGGUUUAGGAGCUGCCGUAUAUCAACAGGAUGGAGUUAUUGGAUACGCUUCCCGAACGUUAACUGCCACAGAGAAAUCGUAUGCUCAAAUAGAGAAAGAACUACUGGCCAUUUUGUUUGCUUGCAUCCGUUUCGAUCAAUUGGUUGUGGGAAAUCCUAAAGUCACUAUUAAGACGGAUCAUCGGCCACUCAUAAACAUUUUUCAGAAGCCACUGUUAUCAGCCCCGCGUCGACUUCAGCACAUGCUGUUGAAUCUCCAGCGGUAUACAUUAACGUUGGAAUAUGUGACUGGCAAAGAUAAUGUGGUUGCCGAUGCUCUAUCGAGGGCCCCGCUUCACGACGAUAUUACUGUAGACGCAUAUAAGAAGAGCAACAUAUACAAGGUCUUCGAGGAUUUGGGAAAUGUCAAGAUGAGCAAUUGCCUAAGUAUUUCGGAUACUCGCUUAAGCGAAACAAUGCAAGCAACAGCAAAAGACUCGACGAUGCAGCUUAUCAUCGAAUACAUCCUGAAUGGUUGGCCAACAACGGCUGACCAAGUGCCCGAUAGUGUGAAGAUUUAUUUUCGUUACUCGCAAGAGCUGUCCACCCAAGACGGACUUAUUUUCCGGAACGAUAGAAUCCUGGUACCGCAACCUUUGCGCAGGAAGCUCAUUGAUAUUUGUCACGCAAGUCAUAACGGAAUUGAAGCUACGUUGAAGCUGGCUCGAGCGAAUGUCUUUUGGCCAGGAAUGAGUGCUCAGAUAAAAGAAGCUAUCCAGUCGUGUGCAACAUGUGCUAAAUUUGCUGCAUCUCAAUCCAAUCCGCCUAUGAUGACUCACGGCAUUCCAGUGUACCCUUUUCAAUUUGUUUCCAUGGAUGUGUUUUUCUCUGAUUACCAAGGAACUAAGAGAGCAUUUCUUGUGACAGUUGACCAUUACUCGGAUUACUUUGAAGUUAAUAUCUUGAAAGAUUUGAAACCUGAAUCAGUUAUAGCCGCCUGCAAGGAGAACUUCGCCCGUCACGGAAAGCCACAAAUUAUACUAACAGAUAACGGUACGAACUUCGUUUGCCGAAAGAUGGAAGAAUUCGCCAUCGAAUGGGAUUUUCAGCACACUACAUCAUCUCCUCAUCACCAGCAAUCUAACGGGAAAGCGGAGGCAGCCGUGAAGAUCGCUAAACGUUUACUGAAAAAGUCAGAAGAGUCGGGAAUAGAUUUUUGGUAUGCUCUUUUGCAUUGGCGGAACAUACCCAAUAAAAUAGGUUCCAGUCCAGCGGCCCGUUUAUUUUCGAGAUCCACGAAGUGCGGUAUACCGACAUCGGCGAAAAAUCUAUUCCCAAAGGUUGUCGAAGGUGUUCCGAAUUCUAUCGAGGCAAACCGGAAGAAAAUUAAAGUUCGCUAUGACAACUCAAGUAAACAUCUACCUGAUCUUCAAGUUGGAUCGCCAGUAUAUGUGCAGUUAAAUCCAGAAAUUUCAAAAGAAUGGUCUCGUGGCACUGUGUCGAAUCGCUUAAGUGAACGUUCCUUCCAGGUGGAGGUAAAUGGUGCAGGUUAUCGCCGUAGCUUGGUCCACAUUAAACCCUGCAAAGAUCCUACCACAAUUCCAAAUUAUAGUAUUCCAACGAAGUCGUCUCAGCAAGAAACUAUUUCUGAUUCGCCUGUUCCGAAUGAUACAUUUUUCGCGAAUGACUGUCAUGCAUCGAAUCAGUCAGCACCUGCUGCGAUUGAUGCAGCAUCGACUGCGCUCCCCGAUAUGCCUUCUGCGACACAACGUGGUUUUUAUUCAAAAGAGAAACGUGCUUCAUUAGCUAAAAGUCCCAUCGUACGACCAAGAAGAGAAAGUCGUCUACCAACUAAGCUUAAAGAUUAUCAUGUAGAUUUAAGAUAA